GCGCCUCGCCUCACCUCGCCAUGGUGGAGCGGGGAGACGCGGCGCCACUGCUGCGUUGGGCCGAGGGCCCCGCCGUCUCCCCGCCGCUGGCCCCGGACCAGCAGGCUGGAGUCCGGGGCUGGGGCGGCGGCGGGGGCGGCCGGGCGGCCGCGGAGCCGCCGAGGAGGCGGGAGCCCGAGGAGCUGGGUCCCUCCCAGGUGCUGCUGCAGCCCGGGCGUCUGGAGCUGGGCGACGUGGAGGAGGACCAGGUGGUGGCCGUGUUCGUGGUCACCUUCGACCCCCGCUCCGGAAACAUGGUGGAAUGGUGCUUACCUCAAGAUAUUGACCUUGAAGGCGUUGAGUUCAAGUCUAUGGCCAGUGGGUCCCAUAAAAUUCAGUCUGAUUUCAUCUAUUUCCGAAAGGGGCCCUUCUUUGGCCUGGCCUGCUUCGCCAACAUGCCUGUGGAAAGCGAGCUGGAGCGUGGCGCCCGGAUGAAAUCCGUGGGCAUCCUCUCUCCAUCCUACACCCUGCUGUACCGGUACAUGCACUUCCUGGAGAACCAAGUUCGACACCAGCUGGAGACCCCGGGACAUUACUGUCGUCUGGCUGCAUUCUACGAGGACAAGAAGCGGGUGCCCCGUGCCAGUCCGGGGAGAGGUGGCAGCCUGCCCCCUGCCUACUGGCUGCCUUCCAUCCACCGGUACAUGUACCCCGAGAUGAAGAUCACACACCCAGCUGGCUGCAUGUCUCAGUUUAUUAAGUUCUUUGGGGAACAGAUACUCAUCCUUUGGAAAUUUGCCUUACUUCGAAAGCGCAUUUUGAUAUUUUCUCCCCCUCCAGUGGGCGUCGUGUGCUAUAGAGUGUACUGCUGCUGCUGCCUAGCCAACGUCUCCCUGCCCGGCAUCGGGGGCACCGUUCCCGAGUCCAAGCCUUUCUUCUACGUGAACGUGGCCGACAUCGAGAGCCUGGAGGUAGAGGUGUCCUACGUGGCCUGCACCACCGAGAAGAUUUUUGAGGAGAAGCGGGAGCUGUACGACGUCUACGUGGACAACCAGAAUGUGAAGACGCACCACGAGCGCCUGCAGCCGCUGCUGAAGAUCAACAGUGCCGACCGGGAGAAGUACCGGCGGCUCAGCGAGCAGAGGCAGAUGCUGUUGUAUUCCCAGGAGGUAGAAGGAGAUUAUAACCCCUGUGAAGAGGACCUCUUUGUGCUGUUUUUCCUAGAGCAAAACAAUCGGAUAUUUCAGACUUUACUGGAGGUGUCUGCCAGUCAAGACAAAACUCUGACGGCUGAGCAUGCCCGGGGCAUGGGUCUAGACCCCCAAGGAGACCGGAGCUUUCUCAUGGACCUGCUGGAGGCCUACGGCAUCGAUGUCAUGUUGGUCAUUGACAACCCCUGUUGCCCAUAGGAAGGAUGAGUUCACCCAGGCCCCAGAUGGCCUGAUUUUUAAUUAAGUUGACACAAAGGAAUACUGUUUAUACUUCCAACAAAUGUAACUUUUGCAUCGCCUUCCCUCCCUUCCUCCCUCCCAAGAGGUAAGAUGAGAGCACCUUGGUUUUGUAGGUCGUUGAAAGCUACCGCCUUCAGAGCUGCCGCCGGUUUGGUCUUAGGACUUAUCAAAGCAGAUUCUCUCAUUGCCUUUUUGAGGGACUUGAGGAGAUGGGGCAAAGGCCGCGUAUCACCAGGUGCGGGCUGAGCUCUGGAAACGUGGGGCUGGACUGUUGAGAAAGUCUGUCUGGUCCUAUUCACUUGACAUAUCAAGAAUAAGACAGCUGUCCAUCCAGUGUGGCGUUGGAUGUCCACCUGCCUGAAGCAGAAGCUAGACCAGGUGGCCUUUCAAGGUUAUUUUAAUCAGUUCUGGGAGUCUAGUCUUGGGAUCAAAUCCCUUUUCCUGUUUAUUAGAGUAAAUCUGUGUUUUCUCUGUUCACGUAGGUAAGAGACUUCAAAGAGGGACAAAGGAUAUUUCUGUCACCAAGUGUGAGCUUCUCUAAGGACAGAUGACAGGGAGAGGUUGCUUCUCAGUCACCUGAGAGCUAAAAUUGUAGAAUGAAGCCUUGAAACCUUUCUCUGAGUAAGUUAAUGGUGGCCACUCCACAUAAUAGUCCUUUUUCUCUGAAUCCUCUCCUCUUGGGGACGGGCUGGCAGAUUCCUUCGGGCCGAUGUUAACAAGAGUGUGUACCAGUUUGGAGCCCUCGUAAACAAACUUCUCUUUAGCAGAGACGACAUUUGUCGAGCUGAGUAAUUGGGACCAGAGAGGUACAGGUUUGUUAGAGAGCAAACGUGGCAGUCCCUCCACCCAGGAAAGUAGUUGGGAACCCUGAGAGUGAGCUCCUCUGCUUUGCUCCGGAGUGUUCUGCCCCGGGACAGCUCCUGUCGGCCCUGCCUGUUCUCUUUGGCUGGGGCGUUCGGUGGAUGCCAGCUUAGGUGAGACAGUCAGUCUGUUAGCCAGAGAAGCGAGCUCCUGGAGCAGCGUUUAGCUCUUCUGGGGUCUGUUUAGGAUUUUGACUUGGGAUCCUGGGUUGUUGGUGACAAAUAACUUCUUGCCCUUCACCAUUCCUGCCUGGCUCUGUUAUUGGAGUAGCCAUCCGUAUGUCCAUGUCUGGGACCAAGUUCCAGCCAGGCAAAUGUCCACAGAGAUGACUUCCAAAUAGAUGGGUCCCAUGUCUUAUCUCAAGACUAGCUUUAUAGGGCUUAUUGCUUUAUUUAAAAAUAUUUUCACUGUAGCCCCUUGACAUGGAAUUGAAGACUAAAGAAAUUCGCAUGUGGAAAUGCACAGACAUUGGUUAAUCAAGGUAGCAUCUUUUAUGUAAGUAUAUAAAUCAGUUUGGGCAUUGAAUUGUAAACUGUACAUUUUUCCCCCCUGUGGCUUUAGCCUUCAUUUCAGUAAUACAUAUGUUUACAAAAGAAAAAAAGAAUCUGUGUUUAGAAGCUGAAGCUUCACUGCCUUUUUCCUGAAAGAGUGACUGGAGAAGAAGUGGCCUUUCUAACUUGGGUCAAGUUACGGUUACUUUUUUAUACUUUUAGUGGUAUCCGAAGGCUCAGGGCUUUCUCUGUUGGGGGUGGGUGGUCAGAAGUAGGGGCGGGCGUAAAAGGGAAGGUCAGAUUCUCGUGGAGGACACAGGCAGACCCUCUUUCUGUGCAGCUGGGGAAUUUGCUGGGAGAAUACUCUAUUUAAGCACUUCUGCUCCAGAGGCCUUCUGCGUGAGAACGCUUUUGUUUUUGUGGUAUUGUAACUCCAAGCUCAGACGUGCUGAUGUAGAGGUAGUAGGAUGAAGAUGAGAUUCCUGUAUCUCCCUUUGAAUGGCGGACCCAGGCUUCUGUGCUCCUUUUAGCUCCCUGCCGUCCUAGGCAGCUGUCCAUCUGGCAUCUCUGUGUGUCCCCCCGAUGCUCACGCAGAGGUCUGGGCUGGGGGUGGUCCUGGGAGGGGUGCACCCAUGAGGCAGUGCCACUCUGAGGUCAUACGCACCCUGGGCUCGGCCGACCUUGAAGAGGAAACCCAAGCAUUGGUUCUUCCCUGCAUUGCCAGCUUCCUGCAGGGGGCCCAGGAGUCUAGUGCAGCGCCCUCUGCUGGGCCGGCCGACGCGCCGUUGCCCUGUGGUUACCCUCGUCACUGCCUGUCGUCCCCCGGGAAUGCAGCUGUGGCGCCUCUUGCUCCCGAGGUCACAGGUCACCGUUUGAAGGCUCUCUCAGGUGGGCAGCACCCACAGCGUCGCUUGCUGCCAGGUCCCUGAGAGGGGAGUUCGUAGGUGAGGUACCAGGCAAGACUCCCUGCACAGGGACGGCAGAAGCUCGAGGCCACACAGACCUGCUUGUGUGUCACUGUGGAAAUAUUUUCCGAGAACCCCCCUGCUUUUGUUUGGAAGCUUUGGAGAAUGUCCCUUUCCCUGUCCCCAGAAGGGACAGGGCUUACUGUUGCUACUGUGGCCUUCUGGAGCAGGUCGGG